AUGGGCACCAUGCAGGUGGACUUCGCAUUCCACCGCCUGGGCCAAGGCCCGCAUGGCUCCACCAUGGCGGUGGUGUCGUCGGUGAGCCACUGCAUGCAGUGUCUUGGCAUUCACCCGAGCACCACCACCAAGAUCCGCGCCUUCGCUCGGCACCGGUGGCAGGGAGACCCCCGCCCGGCAGGCAUCACGCCCGCCUGCACCAGGGCAUGCCAGCUGGCCGGGGCCCGGUCGUGUGCCAUGCUCGCGGCCCAUGGCCACCGGCUCCUGGUCGUCAUCGUCAAUGGCUGCCUCUUGCUGGUGGACUGGUCCCGCCCGCUGGGCGCCGGGGGGCCGGAUGCUCCGCUCGCCCUGCUCACGGGGACCAUCCUCAAGCGGGGCAUCCGCCCGGGCGCCACCUUUCAAAUGACCACCACCCCUGGCGAGGCCCUGCUGGUGGACUCGGCCACGCGUUCCGGGUACCUGGUCAACCUCGCCCAGUCGACAGCCCAGCCCCUGGACCUGGCCCAUAUCCCCCUGCCCCUCUUCGAGGAUGAUGUGGCAGCCCGGUCCUUCAUGAAUGGCGACGUCUUUCGCUUCGAUGUCCCGGAGUCGGUCCCUCCCUCGUCACUUGCCUCGCCCUUCCGGAACCUGCCUGCCGGCGGCCCGCUAACCGUGUUCUGCAAUCCCCGCAAGGGAACUGCCACGGUCUUCCGGGAGGCCUGCAAGCCGGAGGCCUAUCAUGGACCGGACUUUGAGAACCUGAUCAACCCCCAGCGCCUGAUGAUCCACGGCCGGCGGGCUCUCUCGCUCCAUGAGGAUUUCCUCGUCUGCCAUGAGUACCCCUUCGGCGGUGGCCGGUCCAAGCGGGCCGCCUUUGCCUUUGCCCUGCGCCUCCCCUCCCCAGGGGGCCGCCUCUGCCCGACGGCCGAUGCCCCCCUGGACCUGGAUCAUUGCAGGGUGGCCCUGGAUGGCCGCUGGGCGGUCCGGGUAAACCUGCUCCUCGGCCAGACGGUAGAUGGCUGUGCUUCCCCCACAUCAUGA